AUGUCUAAAGAGAAGGAAUUUGAUUCUCAUGGUGGCAUUGACUUCGAAGCCGUGCCUGGUAAUGUCCAUUUAGUUGAUGGACAUGAUAAAAGUGACAAAAAUGCGAAGAUUGUCUUGGUGCCAACCCCAUCUGACGAUCCAGACGACCCAUUAAACUGGGAAAUGAAAAGGAAGCUCCUUGCGUUGUCAUGCUCAUUGGUGUACACAUUAGGUGUCGGUGUUCCUACUGCUGCUAUCUAUUCGGUAUUGAACGAUGUUUCCAUUCAAACCGGUAUCUCAUUAAGUCAAUUGAACAACGCUACUGGUUAUCUUUUCUUGUUUCUCGGUAUCGGUUGUUUUGUUUUCCAACCUUUGGCGUUGCAAUACGGUAAGAGGCCUGUUUAUGUGUUCACUAUGCUUGCUACUGCUUUGAUUUGCGUUUGGCCUCCAUAUACCAAAAGCAAAGGUGAAUGGAUCGGCUCUAAAGUUGUACAAGGGUUCUUUGGUGCUGCCAUUGAGUCGUUGCCAGAAAUUACUGUCAGUGACUUAUUCUUUGAACAUCAAAGAUCUUCGGGUCUAGCAACAUACGGUGUAACACUACUCUUUGCUAGUUAUAUCGCACCAUGUAUCGCUGGUUUCAUUUCUGAUGGACAAUCGUGGGAAUGGGUCAUGUGGUGGUGUGCCAUUUUUGCUGCUGUUUGUACCGUGUUUCUAUUCUUCUUCAUGGAAGAGACUAAUUACGAUCGUAAACUAAAGAUCGAUUCCAGAACUGGCCAACCGAUCACAAUGGACCGCCACGAUGGCACUGUCGUUUCAAAUGUAUUUUCAGCUACAGCCAACAUCGACACUUUGUUGAAUAAAGAAAAUAAUCAUAUCAACGUGGAUGAAACCAGCUCAGAUAGCGUCGGUGGUGUCACUGGUGAUGUACCCGACGUUUUGCACUCAGUGUUAAGUGCUGAAAACUCAAAUAUCAUGAACCAAUUGAGCCGAGUUGAAGUUGUGGACGGAGCGACCGUGCAACAGAGAAAAUCGACUAAAACGUUCUGGAGUAAACUCUCCAUGACAAGUGGUGCAAAGGAAAAAUUCCUACUACAUCAUUACUUCAUGGCACCAUUUUAUUUAUUCGGUUUACCUGGUAUCUUAUGGGCAGGUUUCUUCUACGGUCAAUCCCUAAUUUGGUUCAAUGUUUUAAACGCAACUGAGGUCCUUAUCUUAGCUGCUCCUCCAUACAACUUUUCCAGUACGGCUUGUGGUCUUGCUUACUUCUCUCCAUUGAUCUUCUCUUUCAUUGUCUUUUUCCUAGUCGGUACUUUCUCCGAUUGGUUGAAGGUCCGUAUUGCCAGAUAUCGUGGUGGUCUCAGUUUGCCAGAAGACAGAUUGUACACCGUUAUAAUCUACUGUUUCAUUGGUGUCGCUGCGUGUAUUCUAUGGGGCGUCGGUGCUUACUAUGAAAUCCACUGGUUUGGUUUGGUGUUUGGUCUUGGAAUGUUAGGUGGUUGUUCAAUGUUUGGUAUCACCAUUUCCACGACAUAUGCUAUUGACUGUUACAAGGAAUUGGAUACUGAAGCGAUGGUCGUGGUUAUCAUCAUCAGAAAUGUCAUGUCCUUUGCUGUUUCCUUUGGUAUCACCAAAUGGAUUGAAAACCUUGGUUUGAAAAACGCAUUUAUCAGUGCCGCUUUCAUUCUCUUAGCAUGUAACUUGACAUUUGUUGGAAUGGUAAUUUGGGGUCCGGGCCUCAGAAACAGAACUAAACAUUACUACUGGUCUUUAGUUAAGAAGUAUAGAGACUUGGGUAUGCACUAA